UGGUGGCUGUUAUUCAGAAAGUGCGAGAAGGAAAACAUAACCAUGAGGAGAGCUGUCCUACUUAUAGCUGCUGAAGGAGUGAUUCACCGGGAUAACCUGCAGAGCAAGUUGCCGCGAGGCAGCAGGGGACAUGCCCACACCGGUUGCGCAUACCAUAGCACGACAUACAUGCGCAUCCAUGGCUCCAUCAGAAGCAGCCUGGACACAAGCGAAGCUCCGGGAGGAAGAUUUGUCUCACUCUGCUCAACCCAGAGAAUAAAUCAUCUUUCUGCAAGAUCUAAAACAUGGAGACAGACUACGAAAACGUCAUUCUAGACUACGAAAACUUCACUCACGAAAUGUUUGAGCCCUGCAACCUGGACCCCAACCCUGUGGACGUCCUCACCGAGACGUACAUCCACUCCAUCAUCUGUGCCUGUGGUCUGAUGGGCAACACCCUGGUAAUCGCCACCUACAUGUUCUACAAGAGAGCCAAGACCAUGACGGACGUCUACCUCUUCAACGUGGCCGUGGCAGACCUGAUCUUCGUGUUGGCUCUGCCGCUCAUCAUCUACAACGAGCAGAACAACUGGGCAAUGGGCCCCGUGGCCUGCACGGUGCUGAGGUCAGCCUACAGCAUCAACCUAUACAGCGGCAUGCUCCUGCUGGCGUGCGUUAGCGGCGACCGCUACGUGGCUAUAGUUCAGGCUAAAAGGUCCUUCGGUGUUCGCUCUCGUGCUCUGAUGAUCUACAGCCGCCUCAUCUGCUCAGCUGUCUGGGUGUUAGCCAUGGCGCUAACUCUGCCCACGCUGCUCUACACCAAGCACAUUGAAGAGCUCAAUCUACAUGCAGACGAACCCGUCUCUGUGAUCUGUCAACUGUCUUUCGACAAGAGUGAAACGGCAAAGCUGAUAAAGGUGGUGGUCCCCACCCUUCAGAUGGCCAUCGGCUUCCUUCUGCCUCUGCUGGUGAUGGUGUUCUGCUACUCCUGCAUCGUGGGCACCUUGCUGAGGGUGCAGAGCAGCCAGAGGCACAAGGCAGUGCGCGUGGUUUUGGCGGUUGUUGUGGUUUUCAUAAUUUGCCACCUUCCCUACAAUGCUGCUCUGCUGAACCACACCCUGUCUCUUUUUAAGGAGAGGAAUUGUACGUUGGAGAAGAUUAAACUCAAAUUUCUGGCCAUUUCCAGGAGCGUAGCGUACCUCCACUGCUGCCUCAACCCCAUCCUGUACGCCUUCAUCGGGGUGAAGUUCAGGAGCCACUUCCGGCAGAUAAUGGUGGACCUGUGGUGCUUUAGCAAGAAGUACAUCUACCCCGCACGCACUUCACGCGCAACGUCCGACAUCUUCAUUUCAGGGCGUGUCUCUUCAGAGGGAUCCAACCACUUCACAUCAUUCAGUGCAUGACACUGCAGUUUUACACAGCUUUCUAGUAAUGCAAAUGAACACGCUGCACUUCUUCUUUCCAAAGCUGCUGCUCUGCGAAGCUGUAUGAAGGUAGAAGCAUCUGUGUGCUUAGAUACAAAUAUAACAUGAUCAAGAUGGCUUCUCAAGCUAAUAAACCCUCAACCUGUUGCUCUCUUGCAUUAUGUAUGAUGUUGAAAAAGUAUUUUUAUUAAAAAAUACAUUUUAAAAGUGUUAUUCCUACAUAUUUUCCAGAACCAUUAUUACCUUUUCUGUUUACUAUUUUGUUUUACUAUUUUGUGUUUCUGAUUGCAUUAUUCUGUAAGAAUUUCUGAUUAAACACUGUCUGAAAAAA